AUGAUACUAGUCGUGGAUAAUAUUUUUAAGGACCUCCUCCUCCUCCUGAAUAGAUAACGGAAAGUUUUAAUGACAUAGAGAUUUAAAUCAGCAACUUAGACGAGAACAUAAAGAAAGUUGACUCCCAAAUUGAAACAACUUAAGAUGAAAAACUAGAGAAAGAAAAAGAAUUAGGUAAAGGACUUGAUGAGAACCUUGCGGCGGACAUUCUAAUUAAAAGUAAUCUAGAAAAGAGAUAAAGACCAUGAAGAGGGAAGGAAAGCAGUUUAGACUAUUCACUAAGAUAAGAUCAAGGAGGCUGAACAUUUGAUUGAGGAGGUGAAGAAAGAGAAACAGAUGAAUUAAAAUAAACCUGGUGGAGCAUCUAUUCAGAAUUAGAUAGGACAUCAACCAAUGAUGAAUGCAAAUGGAAGAGUCCCAGUCAAUGUUAAUGUCACAGUUAAUAAACAGGGUCAGUAAAAUAAUCAUGUCUGA